AUGUCUUCGACUCCAACUUCUGUUCAACCUACAGGACAGCCCGGGGAGAGCAAGAAGGAAGGAAGUAGCAGUGAACAUAUCAAUCUCAAGGUGGUUGGAAGCGAUCACAAUGAGAUGUUCUUUAAAAUUAAGCGAACAACACAACUGAAAAAGCUGAUGGACGCUUUCUGUGAUAGACAAGGCAAAGCUUUUAACUCGCUCCGUUUCCUUUAUGAUGGUGAACGCUUGGAAAUGGAAGAUGGUGAUUCCAUUGAUGUUAUGGUUGAACAAACAG